AUGAUGGCAUCUCCAGCCUCUACAGCUGCAUACUUAAUGAACACCUCAUCUUGGGUCGAUGAGGCUGAGUUGUAUCUGAGGAACGUUCUACAUCGACCGAAUAAUCUCGGUAGUGGCGGCGUGCCCUGCGCAUGGCCGACAACUAUAUUUGAAGUUAGCUGGGUUAUCAGCACGUUAGCAUCGGCUGGCGUAUCCAUAGACAAGUCAGAGACAUCAGCCUUCUGUCGCCUACUUCAAGAAACCCUUAGAACACAGAAAGGUGUUCUUGGGUUCUCGCAAGGAACACUCCCCGAUGCAGAUGACACGGCCAGAGGACUCAAAGCUCUCUACUAUCUCGGCCAACAAGAUAACAACAUUGAAGGCCUCAUCAGAGCGUUCGAAAGCAGCGACAAUUUCAUAACAUAUCCAGGGGAACGUAACCCAAGUUUUAGCGCAAAUUGCAAUGUGCUUAUACUUCUCUUGGUACGGGAAGAUCGGGCUCAACAUUUGGCGCAGAUAGUCAAAGCCACCCGAUUCUUGACAAACGAGGUCUUCAGGGGGGUUGUGAAUGAAAAAUGGAUAUCCAUGAUAUCUCUGCAUAUAUUAAUGCGAAUACUACGCACUCAACGGAAGGAUGGCUCUUGGGGCGGAAUCUGCGAAGUAACAGCCUACGGCGUCUUGGCUUUAUCAUCGUUGGUAAAAUUACCCUUUGUCCAACAGCUCGAGAAGGGUAAAAUGAUCGCUGCUCUAGCUUUAGGAAAAUCAUUCCUUCACACGAACAGAAGCGAAUGGGGCAAAGGCCAUUAUUUGUGGACAGAGAAGGUAACGUAUAGCUCAGGUGUGCUCAGCGAAGCGUACUGUCUCUCUGCAUUAGUUACCUUGCCGUUAACAGUACAACCUGAGAAACCAACCUCGUCCCGAUGUCCUGAAUUCCUAAUCGUGGACAAGCUAUUGCUCGGUAUGAGAAAGUGCAGCAACCUCUUAGCACGCACACCUCUACUUUCUAAAGUUGAGCCAUAUCUAUUACGUGUUUGCGAGAUACAGGCAAGUUUUGCUAUUCAGGCUCUUCAACGCCAGCCACCAAAUAUAUUCCCUCGGACAGCCAAAGGGAAGGACAAGUACAUGUUUAUCAUACCACUUGCUUUGCUUAUCUGCGCGCAGCUGGAUGGCUGUCAAGCUAGCCCCUUAGUGUUGUAUGAAAUGAUGGUACUAUCCAUCUUGAACUUCCAUGCGGAUGAAUACAUGGAAGGGAUCGUCGAAAGGUACUUCAAGGGCAAUUUAGAUGUUAUUCGUAACAUUGUCCGGCAAGUUGUGACCAAAAAUGGCCCCUAUCCCCACGACGGAGCAACCAAUAGCCAUAGUGGAGUCAAUGCGAUAUCCCAGGCUCCAAAUGGCUUCCAGGUCUCUAACGGCAAUCACGAAACAGAAACAACGGAGAGUAAUCAGCUUCAUGGCCAGGAAGACGGCUCGCCCUCCAUAGAGGGUGUCAGAACUGUGCUCCGUCGGUUUACCGCACAAAUUCUCCAGCACCCAGCAGUAUUGUCAAGCCCCGAAACCCUCCAGGGGCAAUUGGCUUUCGAACUGCAAACGUUCCUCCUUGCCCACAUAACGCACGCCGAAGAUAACCAUCGCCUCUCUGCACAGUGGUGCUCUAAGCAUACCAACGGUCUCUACACUCAAGGAAACCGAAAUGAGAAUUCCCGUAGAACAUCGCGCUUACAAUACCGCAAACCAGGAAGGUCCUUUUAUCAUUGGGUGCGCAGUACCUCCGCCGACCACACAUCCUGUCCCUUUUCAUUCAUCUUCUUCAAUUGCCUCGUCUACGCCGCGUCGCCCCAAGUAUCCCAAGCCCAUGGCGGAAUCUUGGCCUCGGCGCGUACUGCCUAUCUAGCCGAGGAUACAUGCCGGCAUCUCGCAAGUCUAUGUCGCAUGUACAAUGACCUUGGAUCCGUGCGGCGCGAUGCCGAAGAGGCGUCUCUCAACUCGGUGAACUUCCCAGAGUUUUUUUUUCAUGCGGGAAAGACAAUGAAUACACCGAGGAAACACGACACUGCUAAGGCAGAGCUGUUAUGGAUCGCUGAAUAUGAGCGGCGCGGGCUAGAUAUGGCAAUGAAACUUCUGGAAGAGGAGUUAGGAGGUAGCGAGUUGGUGGAAGCAUUGCGCCUAUUUAUCAAUGUGACGGACUUGUAUGGCCAGAUAUAUGUACUAGAGGAUGUUGGCACUCGUACUCAUUAG